AUGGCUGACUCCUCCUUUGAAAUCGACUAUUAUUCCCCAAGCCGCCGACGUGGACGCCAUCACCCCACUCCCACCAGCUCACGGUUUGCCUCUCCCUAUUACACUCCUACUAGCUCUCGUCACAUGUCGCAUAGUCCUACCUCUAGAAGAAUCCGGAACCCAUCUCCGGCAACUCCUUUUGCGUCGAACACCGAUAUGUCAUGGCAAGGCGAGCUUUCAUGGCACUUUGAGCCAACUGGGCGGCGUGACAGCAAUCUAAGCGCAGCUUUAAGCCCGUGGACUGCCACCCACCCUUCGGAGAGUCGUGUAUUUCGCCGUUCAGCCAAUGACUAUUACCGUUCUCGAACAUAUGGGUCACGUGGCUUGACGAAUUCAUAUAACGAAUUCUCAGGCUACGACGCUGUCGCGGCAGGGAGGCUUGAGCUCCAAAGCUAUGUUGCAAGAGAUAAUGAGAGUUCGUAUUUCCGAAAGAAUUAUACUUCUGGUGAAUAUAGCAAGUCUCGUGGGCUUUCAAAGUUUAAAGUGGUUGAACAGGGGCGAGGUAGUGGUCCUUUGGCUAUCAAAGAUGAACUUAGAAUGUCUGAUGAAGAUGAAGAUCAUCUUGACUUGUCUCAUGGCGGUUAUCAUCAUGGCCUAGGGCCGUCCAAUAUUGGACACGGGGUAUCACAUGUUGCGCAUCAUCAUGGUCAUGGCGUUUCCCAUAUGGGGAAUGACCGUGUUGACAGGAAUUAUGGUUAUGAGCACCAUGGCCAUGGGCUAUCAGGUGGUGGUCAUCAUCAUGGACAACAUGAUUCUGAUGCUUUUCAAUCUACAAGUCAUCAUUAUGGGAGUAAUGAUCGGUACAAUGACAGUGAUGAAGCUUCGGGUUACAAUGACGAUGUUGGCGGUGACGAUGAAGAUAAUGUGGAGCCGGCAAAGUCAGUUGGGCUGUUCAGCUUGUUCAAGUAUUCAACAAAGUGGGAUAUAGUUCUCGUGAUCUUGGGUUGUUUAGGCGCUCUCAUUAAUGGAGGAUCCCUCCCUUGGUAUUCUUAUCUUUUUGGAGAGUUUGUGAAUAAAAUCGCUUUAGAUUCGUCAACUGACAAAACUCUGUUGACGAAGGAUAUAGAGAAGGUAUGUCUGCUUAUGACUGGGUUAGCAGCACUUGUGGUUAUUGGAUCAUACUUGGAGGUCACCUGCUGGAGACUGGUUGGGGAGCGGUCAGCUCUACGGAUAAGAACAGAAUAUUUAAGAGCAGUUCUACGACAGGAUAUUGGCUUUUUUGACACCCAACUUAGCACCGGUGAUAUCAUGCACGGAAUUUCAAGCGAUGUUGCUCAGAUACAAGAAGUGAUGGGAGAGAAGAUGGCACACUUCAUCAACAGUGUAUUUACCUUCAUCUGCGGCUAUACUGUAGGGUUUUUGAAGUCGUGGAAAAUAUCUCUGGUAGUCUUCUCAGUCAUCCCAUUGAUGAUGUUCUGUGGUAUUGCUUACAAAGCUAUUUAUGUAGGCCUAACCGCGAAAGAAGAGGUAUCCUAUCGGAGAGCUGGUCGCAUGGCAGAGCAAGCAGUCAGUUCAAUUAGAACUGUAUUUGCAUUCGUUGCAGAGGAUCAUUUGGCUGCAAGAUAUGCUGAAUUAUUGCAGAAGUUAGUGCCUUUUGGUGCAAAGAUUGGCUUUGCUAAGGGUGCAGGAAUUGGAGUUAUCUAUUUGGUUUCUUAUACUACAUGGGCAUUGGCUUUCUGGUAUGGAGCUAUUUUGGUUUCUAGGGAAGAGAUCUCUGGAGGUGCUGCCAUUGCUUGUUUCUUUGGUGUCAAUCUUGGGGGAAGGGGAUUGGCAUUGUCACUAUCAUAUUUUGCCCAAUUUGCACAAGGCACUGUGGCAGCGAGCCGGGUGUUUGAAAUCAUAGAUAGAGUUCCAGAGAUAGAUCCCUACAGUCCUGUGGGAAGUACACUCCCUAGUGUUCGUGGAAGGAUUGAGUUCAGAGGCGUUACAUUUUCAUAUCCAUCCCGUCCCGGUGAUCAAGUUCUCCGAUCUCUUAAUCUAGUGAUUCCAUCUUAUAAGACUCUCGCAUUAGUCGGAGCCAGUGGAGGUGGCAAGUCCACCAUUUUUGCUCUUAUAGAGAGGUUCUAUGACCCCAACGUAGGAACACUCACACUGGAUGCUCAUGAUUUAAGAACACUGCAAGUCAAGUGGCUAAGAGGUCAGAUAGGUAUGGUUGGUCAGGAGCCAGUUCUCUUUGCCACAACGAUACUGGAAAAUGUGAUGAUGGGGAAGGAGAAUGCCACUAAAAAGGAGGCAGUAUCUGCUUGCAUUGCAGCCAAUGCUCAUAGCUUCAUCACUGGCCUCCCACUAGGCUACGAUACUCAGGUUGGAGACAGGGGAAGCCAACUCUCAGGUGGUCAGAAACAGAGAAUUGCACUGGCUCGAGCCAUGAUCAAAGACCCUAGAAUCCUUCUCUUGGAUGAGGCUACAAGCGCACUCGAUGCUGAGUCUGAGUCUGUUGUCCAACAAGCGAUUGAUAAGAUUUCCUCUGGCCGAACCACCAUUGUCAUUGCUCACAGGCUAGCCACAGUAAGAAAUGCCCACGCCAUUGUGGUUCUCGACCAUGGCUCUGUUACUGAGAUUGGCAACCACCGUCAACUCUUGGAAAAGGCGGGGGUCUACUAUGACCUUGUCAGGCUUGCUUCUGAUGCAGUUUCAAAACCCUUCUCAAAACAGAAUGAUAAUCUGAAAGGCACGGAAUUCUCUGUCUAUGACAAAUCAGUUAAUGAUGUAUCAAGAUCAAAGAACUCACGUGAUGUUCCAAGGCCAGAGGGCAAGAAGUCUAUGAAAGAGGAAGAACUAGGAGAGGGGGAAGAAGAGCAAGAAACUACUACUAGAACAUAUAAAAUUUCAGAAGUUUGGAAGUUACAGAGACCAGAGAUUGCCAUGGUAGUAUUUGGAUUUCUCUUUGGUAUGCUUGCAGGCGCAUUUCUAACUAUCUUUCCUUUAAUUCUUGGCCAAGCCCUUGAAAUAUACUUCGGUGACAGAUCAAGGAUAAAAAGAGAAGUUGGUAAGCUUUGUUUAAUACUUUUUGGGCUUGGCUUUGGGUGUAUAGCCACCUUUACAGGGCAGCAAGGUUUGUGUGGCUGGGCUGGAACAAAACUCACAAUGAGGGUGAGAGACCUUUUAUUCGAAUCAAUCUUAAAGCAAGAACCAGGUUGGUUUGAUUUUGAAGAAAAUACCACUGGAGUACUUGUUUCAAGGCUCUCCAUUGAUUGUGUUAGUUUUCGUUCAGUCCUUGGUGAUCGAUUCUCGGUCUUAUUAAUGGGUUUGAGUUCAGCUGCAGUUGGACUUGGUGCGUCAUUUUACCUCGAUUGGCGACUAGCCCUUUUGGCUGCAGCUCUCACUCCUUUCACUCUUGGUGCAAACUACUUGAGCUUGAUCAUCAAUGUUGGACCGAGACUCGACAACAAAGCCUAUGUCAAAGCUAGCAAUAUUGCUUCCGGUGCAGUUUCAAACAUUAGAACAGUGGCAACGUUGUCUGCUCAAGAACUGUUAGUUGAGUCGUUCGACCAAGCUUUGUCAGAGCCAAAGAAAAAAUCAGUCAGAAGAUCACAAACACUAGGACUAACACUUGGCUUCUCUCAAGGUGCCAUGUACGGAGCAUAUACCUUAUUCCUUUGGUUUGGUGGAAAUCUCGUCAAAGAAAACAAAACAAGCUUUGGGGAUGUAUAUAAGAUAUUUCUCAUAAUUGUUUUGAGCUCCUUUUCUGUCGGACAAUUAGCCGGUCUAGCCCCAGACACUUCCAGGGCGGCAAUGGCAAUUCCAGCAGUUUUUGAAAUCAUUAAUCGCAGGCCAUUGAUUGAUAAGGAUCAAGGAAAACGUAGAAAGACUGAACGGUCAAAGCCAUUGAAUAUCGAGUUCAAAAGGGUGACAUUUGCAUACCCAUCUAGGCCUGAGGUGAUUGUGUUGAGGGAUUUCAGCUUAAAGGUGAAAGGUGGAAGCAUGGUGGCUUUGGUGGGAGGAAGUGGGUCUGGUAAAUCAACAGUGAUAUGGUUGAUACAAAGGUUUUAUGAUCCAAUUCAAGGGAAGGUAAUGAUGGGAGGUGUUGAUCUGAUGGAAAUUGAUGUCAAGUGGUUGAGAAGGCAAACAGCUUUGGUUGGCCAAGAGCCUACACUGUUUGCUGGGAGCAUCAGAGAAAAUAUUGCAUUUGGAAACCCGAAUGCUUCAUGGGCUGAGAUUGAAGAGGCUGCAAGGGAAGCUUACAUUGACAAGUUCAUUAGUGGCCUACCUCAAGGCUAUGAAACUCAGGUUGGCGAGAGCGGAGUCCAGUUUUCGGGAGGUCAGAAACAAAGGAUUGCAAUAGCAAGAGCCAUACUGAAGAAAUCAAGAGUGCUACUGUUAGAUGAAGCUAGCAGUGCACUGGACCUGGAAUCAGAGAAGCAUGUCCAAGACGCAUUAAAGAAAGUUGCUGCGCGAACAACCACAAUCGUAGUAGCGCACCGCCUAUCUACAAUCAAAGAGGCCGACACGAUUGCUGUUAUGAAAGAUGGUGAGGUCGUUGAGUAUGGGAGCCAUGACACUCUCAUGGCUUCCCAUCUUAAUGGUGUGUAUGCUAGCUUGGUUCGUGCAGAGACUGAAGCCAACGCAUUUUCUUGAGACGUGUAUUGUUAAUCCUGUAUACAUUAUCCUUUAAAGUUUG